UAUUUUCUUUUCAUUUCCUUCGUUUGGAACUAACUUGAAUCAUGUUUCGUUGAUGUAUUUGGAAUAGAUUUAAUUCUUGUUGCUAAUUGAAGUGUGGUUUCUGGGUUUUCGUUGAGGCAUAACUUGAUUGAUCGAAAUCUUACUUUUUUGUUGUUCAAAAUGGAUGUUAUUUGCUAAAAGAAAAGAGGCCUCUCUCUUAUCUUUCCCCUUUAUUUUUGGAGCUGAAUCUACUUGGGAUUAUGGGAGGAACCUUAUCUACUUGGAAGUUAUUUGCAAAAAGAAAAAGAAGCUCACUCAUCUCUCUCUCUUUCUAUUUUUUUCUUUUCCACUGGUUGAUUGAAUGCUGCAGCUAUUUGGGAAUUGAUAAGAACCUUGUCAAAAUUAAGAAAGUUAUUAGCAAAAGAACAGGAGCCCUCCUCCUUGGAUCUACUUGGGAAGAAUCUUUUCAAAAGGAGAGUAACUUGCAAAAAGAAAAUUAGCCUCUCCAUCUCUCUCUCUCUCAGUUUCCCUUUGCUCUGAUCUCUUGACUGAAGAAGAUCAGAAGAUCUUUAGGCAUUUAGAUUCUCUUGGAGUGGAGGAUCAAAAGGAUGUAAAGAUGGGCUAUUCCAUCAUGUUUAGUUUCAAUGAGAAUCCUUAUUUUGAAGAUAGAAAGCUAGAGAAGACAUAUACAUUCUUUGAAGAUGGAGCAAUUAAAAUUACUGGAACAACAAUCAAGUGGAAGGAUGGCUCGAAGUUCGUCGACAUUGCAAACUGUAGGCUACAGCUUCUUUGCGGCAAUCUUUAAUGUUGGUUGGGCUGCCACUCAGGUUUCACAUAUGUCUAUGGUUAAUUGUAUUACAUUGAACUCAACUAGUAGAGUGGCAUUGGCUAGCUGCCGCAAUGCUUUUAAUAUGGUUGCAAAUCUUAGUCUGUAUGCAGUGGCUUUGUUGGUGUUCAGUAUCACGAAGGCAAAAUCACAUACAGAUAUUGAAUAUCAGUUUAACAAGGAUCUACCUUCCGCAUUGCGCAAUAAAAGUUAUGUUUGGGAGCUAUCACUAAACAAAUGACUGCAAUAGAAGAAAUAGUUGCAAGUGAGUACAAUUAGCCAGACCCUCAUCUUUGUGACAAGAUCUUGAAGUUGGUCAUUUGUGAAGCGUUCUAGUUUACUAUUAGUUGCAGUUUUAGUUAUUGCUCUCUCAAUAUAUUCUUUUUCUUUCUUUCUUUUUUUUUUUUCCCAAAGGAUGAUCAGUGUAAUAAUUAAACUUCAUAAUUUCUUUGUGC